AUGUCUCGUUUGGUUAAGGGUGUUCGAUCGUUUUCCUCUGCUGCAUCGUCGCUCCUUGCCGAUACUACCGCCUCGACAUCGGCCCGUCAACCUAAAUCCUUUCAAGUCUUUCGUGAUGUGCCUCAAUUGCGCCAAUUACGUCGGAAACUACUGCAAAAUGAACGAACAGUGGGCUUCGUGCCUACUAUGGGCGCUCUUCAUGAGGGACAUAUCUCUUUAAUUCGAGAAGCAGCACGCGAAAACACGGACAUUUUUGUCAGCAUCUACGUCAACCCCACUCAGUUUGGUGUCAAUGAAGACCUUUCUAGCUAUCCCCGAACCUGGGACAGUGAUGUGGAGAAAUUGGAGAAGAUAAAUGAUGAACUGGCUCGGGUUCAGGCUAAAGCAGGCCCAGGGCAAGCCACGGGACGGAUCACAGCUAUCUUCGCACCAACAUCCAAAGUCAUGUACCCUACAUUACCUCCAUCAUCCGAAAUCGACGGCCAGGGUUCCUUCGUUACCAUCACCCCCCUUUCGACAAAACUAGAAGGGGGUUCACGACCGGUCUUCUUUCGCGGCGUCGCAACAGUUUGCAUGAAGCUCUUCAAUGCGACUACUCCAGAUCGAGUCUACUUCGGGCAAAAGGACGUACAACAGACUGUCAUUAUCAAAAGAAUGGUUCGGGAUUUCCAUAUUGGAACGGAGGUACGGAUCAUAAGUACGGCGCGUGAAUCAGACGGCCUCGCGCUGAGCUCUCGAAAUGUGUACCUCGGCGACCGUAGACGUGCUGUGGGACUUGCUAUCUAUCGAGCACUCAAGGCCGCGGAGGGGAGUUAUCUGGCCGGCAAGACCUCGCGUGCAGAUAUCUUAGGAGCUGCACGUGCUAUCACCGGCCAGGUGCUAUCUGAGCAGAACGCACUUUCGCCAUCAGAGAGGGCCCUCUUUGAGGUUGACUAUAUUUCCCUAGCUGAUCCCGAGACCCUCGAAGAGCUGGAUGUCGUCGAGCCUACCAAGGGAGGUGUUCUUAGUGCAGCUUUGAAGAUGGCACCUCUAGAAGAGACCAAUGCUGGUGAGAACUGCGGGCUGGGCGAUGGCAAAGUUCCCGUGCGACUUAUCGAUAACAUCAUCCUCCAGCCUCGUUCCUGA